CGCGUGUGGGAGACGUUGUAUAUUGUUUUAACGUUUUUGAUCCUCGCAUGCGUUCACUAAUCUUGUACAUGUGGUCUAGGUUUUAACGUUUGUGCCGGCUGGGUCUUUAAUUUUCGGUAUGUGUAACGUUUGGUCUAAUAACGUUCUAAACAAAGAGCGGCCUGCUUUUCUGGCGCACUUGUUAAUGGCUAACUUAGCCUGCUAGCCCAACGUUUAGACAUGUUAUUUUGUUACCCAAAUGUUAUAAUCAUAACGUUUGACUUUAAGACGUUAGGAUUUUAAAGCGCAAGUUUAGCCGUGAUCAUUUCAUAAUUGUCUCCUAGCUAAUGACCGCGGCAGUUGCACGGGAGUUUUAACUUUUGGUGGCUAACAUUAUACAUUACAGAGCGGCGCGAAUUCAAAACCCAAGUUACAACUCACACUCGCUAGUUUCAUUGCGUUAACAGUUGUCGCAUCUUUAGCUUAACCGAUUUUACUUAGAUAGAUCCACGUGAACAGCUGCUCAAGCGUUAUGUUUGUUAGAUCAUGCUGGGCUGCACAACAAGAGCUGAAGAUCCAUUCACUUUUAGAAUCACUGAUUCAUUAAUGGUGGCUGAUAAAUGCUGAAACAUUAGGGAAGCGUCUAUUAUUGGAAACUAUCACUUUACUCAUGUUUUUAAAAAAUAUGAUGCGUUAAUUUGGAUGCAAUUGGAUUGUUGAAAGGUUCAAGAUGUCCUACUCAUCCCGAAGUUCCUCUCGUCCCUCAGACUGUAAGGUCUAUGUGGGUGAUCUUGGCAACGGUGCAGCCAAAGGUGAACUCGAACGAGCCUUCAGUUACUAUGGACCAUUGCGGAGCGUGUGGGUUGCUCGGAACCCACCAGGUUUUGCCUUUGUUGAGUAUGAAGAUGCCAGAGAUGCAGAGGAUGCCGUAAAGGGGAUGGAUGGAAAGGUUCUUUGUGGAGCUCGUGUUCGAGUUGAAUUGUCAAACGGUAUGUCCAGAAAGUCCCGUUAUGGCCGCCCCAACCGCAGGCAAUUUGACCCCAAUGACCGGUGCUACCAGUGUGGUGAAAGUGGUCAUUACGCUUAUGACUGCUAUCGCUUCAACAAGAGGCGCGGACGUCGCAGCAGAUCUGGAUCACGUUCUCGGUCUAGAUCUCGUGGUCGGCGCUACCGCUCUCACAGUCGUAGCCGUAGCAAUGAGAGAAAGUAUCGUUCACCCUCAUACUCCAAACGCCGAAGCAGGUCAGGUUCCCCAGCCCGCUCUAGAUCCAGAACUCCUGUGCGUCGUUCUCGUUCACCUGUGCGCAGGUCCAAAAGCCCUGUCCGAAGAUCUAGAACCCCUGUCCGCAGAGACAGGUGCAUACUUUACCCAUGCAAUUUUAUUAGAUAUCUACAACUGGACUUCAUGCCAUCUUUAUUAAAAACCUGUUCAUGUGUAUUCUUUUCAAGUCGCUCCCGUUCGCGCUCUGGUUCCAGGCAGAGGGUUCGUAGUGUGUCCAGAUCUCGGUCUCGUUCAGUCAGCCACAAAAAAGACAGUCGUUCCAGGUCUCCCAGCCCAAGAAGAAGCCCAACGCCAGGUGCUGACUGACUAAAAUCUCCCCCAUUUUCCACCUUUGCCUCAGGGCUGAAACAAAUUUUAUCUCCCCUAUGAUUUCAGACUCGAUUCUACUGUAGCUGCCAAGCUCUUGUUUGUUUCAAUGAUGAAGCCUCCCAAGCCUUGUAAAAAGAUCACUAUCAUCUCAAGCAGCUCAUGUAUAUUUUUUUUUCUUGACGUAUUCUCUUGUCACUUUCAGACAUUUUAAGCUCCAUUGUUUUUUAUUUCAGUGUUGAGCCAGCAUCCUGUGGUCAGUGAAUUGUGGGCAAGGUGGUGAAUGAGCUAUGUGAUUUAGUCAGUGUAAUGUAUGAGCUGAAGAGUAUGCUGUGAUUUGUUUGGUGUAGUUUGUUUUUCUUUUGCAUUGAAAAUGGCAAUGUUCUUUUUAAUAAAGCUUUACAAAUCCAA